AUCUUCGAGCAAGGAUCCGAUGAAGUGCAGACCGCGUUCAAAUUGGCCGUGUUCAAACACAACCAGAACAACACCGAGAGAAGAUUCGAAUUGCAAGCGUACGUGGACGUUAUCAAAACGGCAGAUGCUUUCAAGUUGUCCAAACUUAUUUGUAUCCAAUUUUCGCGAGGUGUUUAUUCCAUGUUGGGAAGUGUCAGCCCAGACUCAUUUGAUACGUUACAUUCCUACAGCAAUACAUUCCAGAUGCCAUUUGUGACGCCUUGGUUUCCCGAACAAGUAUUGUCGCCUUCAUCAGGAAUGUUAGAUUAUGCAGUUAGUCUUAGACCGGAUUACCAUCGUGCAAUAUUGGAUACAGUUCGAUAUUAUGGUUGGACUAAUAUUAUUUACAUGUACGACUCACAUGAUGGACUUUUACGUUUACAACAGUUGUAUGAAGCUCUAGAUCUAGGGCCAAAUAGCCUUAAAGUAGACAUGGUAAAACGUAUUCAAAAUGUUUCAGAUGCAUUAAGUUUCAUUCACCAAAUUGAACGAGUAAACAGAUGGGGCAAUAAAAGAAUUGUGCUCGAUUGUCCAACACUGAUGGCUAAGCAAAUUUUAGUGUCACAUGUAAAAGAUAUCCAGUUGGGCAAGAGGACUUAUCAUUAUUUGCUAAGUGGUUUGAUAAUGGACGAUCACUGGGAGUCAGAAAUUAUCGAGUACGGUGCUAUCAACAUAACAGGAUUCAGAUUAUUGGAUAUGAAUCAAUGGCCAGUUAAACAUUUUCUUUCUGAAUGGAAAAAUUUAAAUCCUAUUGAUUCACCUGGUGCUGGAAAGGACACGAUUUCGGCCCAAGCUGCACUGAUGCAUGAUGCGGUUCUAGUUCUAGUAGAGACGUUUAACAAGCUUUUGUGGAAAAAACCGGACAUGUUUAAAACGAACACCAAGAGAACUCUACCAAAUGGAAACUCGUCAACGUCUAGUAUAUCAUCAUCGCAGAUUCUUGGCUUAGACUGUAAUAGUGGUCGAUCGUCGGGAAAUCAGUGGGAACAUGGUGAAAAAAUAUCACGAUUUCUAAGAAAGGUGGUUAUGGAAGGUUUGACCGGACACAUAAUGUUUAAUGAUGAUGGAAAACGAUAUAAUUACACAUUACACGUUGUACAGAUGACAAUUGAUAGUACAAUAACAAAAAUUGCAGAAUGGUCAGACACGGAUGGCUUUAAGACAGUCAAUAGCAAACCGGAAAGGGUUCCCACAUUAGGACAUUCACACAAAGGCAAUACUACGUUAAUUGUGGCCACAGUGAUGGAAGAGCCAUUUAUCAUGUUUAAAAAACCCAAGUAUGGAGAAUCACUGGCUGGAAAUGAUCGAUUUGAAGGAUACUGCAAAGAUCUAACAAAGUUAUUGGCUGAUAAAAUUGGAAUAAAAUAUGAGCUGCGCACCGUCAAAGACAGGAAAUAUGGAACAGAAAACCAUGAAGUCAAAGGUGGUUGGGACGGUAUGGUCGGCGAAUUAAUCAGAAAGGAAGUGGACCUGGCCGUGGCGCCGCUCACGAUCACGGCGGAACGGGAGAAGGUGGUGGAGUUCAGCAAACCGUUCAUGUCGACGGCCAUCAACAUUAUGAUCAAGAAGCCGUCCAAACACAAGCCGGGCGCUUUCAGCUUCCUGUCGCCGCUGUCCCGGGAGGUGUGGAUCAGCGUCGGGUUCGCCUACGUGGCCGUCGUGAUCGUCAUGUACGUGGUGUCCCGGUUCUCGGCUCACGCCGCCGCCGCCGCCGCCCACGUGAGACCGGUGCACAACAGCUACGUCGUCGGCGGCGGCGUCGGUGGAGUGGGCGGCGGAGGCGGCGGAGGGUUGGGCCACGAACUGCAGCAGACCAUACCGCCGCCACCGAUGUUCGUCCACAACCCGUUCACGUUGGCCAACAGCAUGUGGUUCGCAGCGGCGGCCGUCACGCAACAGGCCUGCGACAUCGCGCCCAGGACUACGCCUGGACGGAUCGUCGGAGCCGUUUGGUGGUUCUUCACUGUGAUAUUGAUAUCGUCGUACGUGUCGAACUUCACCGCGUAUUUGAUCGUGCAGAAAAUGUCCACACCGAUCAGCACACCGGAAGAUUUAGCAGCACAAACCGAAAUCGAAUACGGCGCUCUUUUUCAUGGAUCUACGUGGGACUUUUUUAAAAGAUCGCAUAGUUCUUUAUACAGUAAAAUGUGGCAGUUCAUGAAUUCACGGACGCACGUGUUUGUGGACACAUACGACGAAGGAAUCCAGAGAGUGAGAAAUUCCAACGGAAAGUUCGCUUUGCUUAUCGAGUCACCAAAAAACGACUUCGUAAAUAUGAGGAAACCUUGUGAUACAAUUAAAGUCGGACGUAACUUAGACGUCAAGAACUAUGGGAUAGCGAUGCCACUCGGGUCCCCGCUGAGGAAUCGAAUCAACACCGCCAUAUCACAGUUGACCGAUAGCGGUGAACUUGCGAAGUUAGAAAAUAAAUGGUGGAUUGAUGAAUGCGGGUAUGAAGCGAAGGAGUCUUUCCGUAAUUCCGAGUUGACGUUGAACAACAUUGCUGGUAUAUUCUACAUACUAGUGCUGGGACUCAUCGUUGCCAUCGCCGUGGCAUUAUUCCAGUUCUGCUAUCGGACACAUUCGGAUCAAGCCAACUCAAAAUUUCAGUUACCGGACGCCGUGAAAACCGUGGGCAAGUACAAGAACAACAGACACGACCCGGAGAACGGUGGCAGGGAAACUCCAGUGGACAUGUGUCGAGUAAUUGGGACGUAGAGAAGUUAAACGUCUGCCCACGCUGCUUAUUAAAACGUUCUGGAAAUAGUUUUCGAUGAAAAACAAUACGUUCGAGUCCUAAACGGAAAAAGUCGUGUAUAUAUAUUUAUAUUAUACAUUCAGAAGAAGCCCAUCUCCCGGAUGCAGAUGAAAAACACUCUCAACUCUCAAACUCCGGAAUUUAUUUUCCGAUGAAUUGAAAUUGUUUUUUUACCCUACCUUACUCGCUAUUUAUCUGUCUAUCUCUCUCUCUCUCUGUCUAUAUUCAUAUAAAUAUAAUUCUCUCUCUCUCUCUCUCUCUCUCUCUCUCUCU